AUGCCCAGAGCCCAGACCGCUCAGGCUGAGGAGCAGCUCCGCGAGCACGCCCAGAUGGAGGAGCAGCAAGUGGCCGACCUGGAGGGCCAAGUCUCCGAAGUGUCUGAGCUGCUCGGCACUUACGAAAAGGCCAAGCAGAAAGACCAAGCAGUCAUCCAGAAGCUGAAGGACCGCAUCAUCCAGUUCGACCUGAAGAACAAAACCCUGGCCAUCGUGGCCUCCAGCCGAUCCCCGGUUGAUUUUCACGUAGAGGAAGCCAAUCUCAACCUGAAUGUCCUAAAAGAUAAAAUGGAGAAGCUGAAAAAGCUGCUGCAGGUGGCGGCAAAGAAUCAGCCCGCUCUGGACAUUGAGAAGCUGUGUGAGCUGGAGCUGCCGAAGGGCACUGAGGCUGGGGACGGCGAGAAGGCCACCGCUUUGUACUACCAACAGGAGCUGAAGCAGCUGAAGGAGGAGUUUGAGAGGUACAAGAUGAGGGCGCAAGUGGUUCUGAAAAACAAGUCAGCCAAAGACGGCAACCUGGCCAAGGAGCUGGAGGAAGCCCAAGAGCAGUUGGCAGAUCUGAAGGAGAAAUACGUGGCGCUUCAGCUGUCCUCUGAGGAGAUGGAGAAGCAGCACCGGCGAGAGGUGGAAGCCAAGAAGCAGGAGCUGUCCCAGCUGCAGCAAACACAGUGGCAGGAAUUUGAGCGGUGCCAGCUGGAUUGCAGGGAGUGGGCGCUGAAGCUGGAGGAGGAGUUGCAUGAACAGUGGGAGCGAGCACUGGCCGUGCUGGCAGAGAAGGACCAGGAGCUGGAGCAGCUGAGAUCCCUCACGCUGCCCUAUGGCCUUCAAGGAUCCAAAAAGCACCUAGGGCCGGGGGCUGCCAUCAGUGACAGCGACUCAUCGGGUAACGAUUCAUCCGAGCUGCUUCUCCAGGCGCUUGUGGAGAUGGCAGCACUGAGGAAGCAGAAGCAGAAGCUGGAAAUGCAGGUUCACCAGCUCCAGGAGGAGAUCCUGGUGGAGGAGGAGAAGCACCGGGAAGAGGAAUCCACGCUCCAAAGCGAAAUCGAGAAGAACUUCCGAGACAAGAGCCGGUAGGGAGCCAACCUGGAGUACCUCAAAAACAUCGUUUAUAGGUGUUGCAAAGCGCUGUGUCCUGAUACGUCAGUAGCAGCACUGGGAAAAGCUGUCAUCCCUUCUGAUGCCUGUCGGGCCAAACAAGGGAAAUUUAAUGUCAGUUCCCAGCUAGCAAGAGGUGCCUUUGGGGAUGGUGAACACCACAGUGUCCUGCAGCCG